GUCGGCCUUGACCUUCCUUUUACCUUCCAUCUCGAAAUGGGUAUCUCUCGAGAUAAAUGGCACAAGCGCCGAAAGACUGGAGGCCGCAAGGCUCAGAUGCGCAAGAAGAGGAAGUUCGAACUGGGACGACCAGCAGCCAUGACCAAGCUUGGACCUAAGCGAAUUCACACAGUGCGAACUCGUGGUGGAAACAAGAAAUACAGAGCCCUUAGACUCGACCAAGGCAAUUUCUCCUGGGGCUCGGAAAGUGUGACGAGGAAGACACGUAUCAUUGACGUCGUCUACAACGCCAGCAACAACGAGCUUGUGCGAACUAAGACACUCGUCAAGGGCUGCAUCAUUCAGGUGGACUCCACCCCGUUCCGACAGUGGUACGAGUCGCACUAUGCCACACACCUCGGACGAAAGAAGGGAGUCAAGCUGUCUGACCAAGAAGAAGAUUUGAUCAACAAGAAACGAUCGAAGAAAACACAGAAGAAAUAUGAUGAGCGGAAGAAAACGGCGAAAGUAGAACAGGCUCUGGAAGAUCAAUUUGCUACAGGGAAAGUCAUAGUGAAGACAUCAUCACGUCCAGGUCAGUGUGGGAGAUGCGACGGCUACAUUCUGGAGGGCAAGGAACUCGAGUUCUACCUGAGGAAGUUGAAGACGAGGAAGGGGAAAUAAACCAUUGGACAUGUGAACGUGGACUCGUAGAAAUAAAUAUAUACAUGUC